AUGGGCAAAAAGACAACUGUGCUCCUGGUGCUGGGCGUCUUCACAGCAUAUCGUGUUUAUACGCCGCUCCCUGACACUGCUGAGGAGCCAUGGAAACUAACGUGUUUGAGCGUAAUGUUGAAAACUGCCAUAGAUCUGGCUACAGUUGCUGAACUAGUGGGUAUCGGCCAUUGCAUGAGCAUUAUAAUGUUCUUUCUGCGCUUACAAGAUGUCUCACCCACAUCUGAAGAAAAUAUCACUGUGAUGGAUACAACUUUCAACAGUGUUCCCGUCCGCAUAUAUAUACCAAAUCGAAAGUCAGAGGCACUAAAAAGGGGCUUAUUUUAUAUUCAUGGUGGUGGUUGGAGUAUAGGGAGUAAUGCUAAUUUUCAUUAUGACUCUCUGUCAAGACAAACAGCUAAGAGGCUUGAUGCAGUUGUCGUUUCAACCAACUAUAGACUAGUACCAAAAUACCACUUUCCAACUCAAUUUGAAGGUGUAUAUAAAUCAUUAAAGUGGUUCUUACGCCGAGAUGUUCUUAAAAGAUAUGGCGUUGAUCCCAAAAGGAUUGGUGUUUCUGGAGACAGUGCUGGAGGGAAUUUAGCUGCAGCAGUAUCUCAACAGCUCAUAGAUGACCCAGAUAUCAAGAUCAGACUCAAGAUCCAGUCUUUAAUUUAUCCUGUCCUUCAGACUCUUGAUUUGGAAACACCAUCCUAUCGGGAAAACGUGCAUUUUCCACCUCUGCCCAAAUCAUUACUGCUCAGGUUUUUGAGUGAGUACUUUACCAUGGACAGAGCAUUUGAAAAAGCCAUGUUCUUCAAUCAACAUGUACCAGUGGAAUCAGCCCAUCUCUUCAAAUUUGUUAAUUGGAGCUCUUUGCUCCCAGAGAAUUUUAAGAAAGGGCACUUUUAUAAUAGUCCAACUUAUGGUACUUCUGAGCUAGCUAAAAAGUAUCCAGGGUUUCUAGAUGUGAGAGCAGCCCCUUUGUUGGCAGAUGACAACAAGUUGUGUGGUUUACCCGUGACCUGUGUCAUCACCUGUGAACAUGACUUGGUAAGAGAUGAUGGAAUCAUGUACGUCACCAGACUUCAGAAUGCUGGAGUAAGGGUGACCCAUAAACACAUUGAGGAUGGAUUCCAUGGAUUACUUUUCUUCUACGGAUUUAAAAGUAAAUAUAGAUUAGAAAAUGAAUAUCUGAGUUGGCUAAGUGAAAAUCUAUAG